AUCAGCUUCUCAACAUUCACACACAGUUUGUGGAAUCGCCAACUAGCCAUUGUUUUGUACUGGCUAUCAAUGAAGACUUGCAUGCUUAUUAAAUUAUGCUUGUUGCAUGGAGGGAGACAUUCAUUUUGCCAUGUGCUUUGAUCUGUCUUGGUCAUUGUUAGAGGGUAUACCACAACAAAUUAAGUUAGGUGGAGCGUUUACAAUUGCGUUUCUUCUCUGCAAUGCAAUUACUUCAACUGGGGUUAAGAAGGGUGAGCUGUUUUUGGCAGAUGUUAGCACUCAGCUGAAGAACAAGAAUAUCACAACUGAUGUGAAAGUGGAUACUAAUUCCAAUCUUAUUACAACUGUUACUGUUGAUGAACCUGCACCUGGAUUGAAGACGAUCUUUAGCUUUAUUGUACCUGAUCAAAGAUCUGGCAAGGUGGAACUGCAAUACCAGCAUGAGUAUGCAGGAAUAAGCACUGGCAUUGGAUUGACGGCAAAUCCCAUUGUUAAUUUCUCUGGUGUGGUGGGAAACAAUGUUCUCUCCCUUGGAACUGAUCUUUCAUUUGACACUGCUACUGGAAACUUUACCAAAUGCAAUGCUGGGUUGAGUUUCACUCAUGCUGACCUCAUUGCUUCCUUGAAUUUGAACGAUAAAGGUGACACCCUUAGUGCUUCUUACUAUCACAUUGUCAGCCCAUUGACUAAUACAGCUGUUGGUGCAGAGCUGAGUCAUAGCUUUUCAAACAAUGAGAAUUCUCUGACAAUUGGAACACAGCAUGCCCUUGACCCCUUGACUGUAGUCAAGGCUCGAGUAAAUAACUAUGGCAGAGCAAGUGCUCUCAUUCAGCAUGAAUGGCGUCCAAAAUCUCUCUUCACCAUAUCGGGUGAGGUAGAUACCAGAGCAAUUGAGAAGAGCGCCAAGAUUGGACUGGCGUUGGCACUGAAGCCAUAGGCUGAGUCACUAUUAUUGCAUAAGUGAAAUGCAAGCCUUCAUUUUGAGUUGAGGGCCCUGCUAAACUUCCAUGAAAUUGGAUGGCUACAGUUACACAAAUAAUUACUGUUAACCGACAUUGGUGAUUUGUUUUAUUGAAUUUCUAUUGAAGUGCAUUACGGUUUUGUUGAACUAGUUUAAUGAUUUCUUACUCAUGAUCUUUUACUUUCAGCAAAAAGAGAUUAUCAAUGAACUACUUUAGUCGUU